GCGAGGUUUGUGAGCAAGAUGGCGGCUGCAGGGAGGGGGCUGAAGAGCCUGGUGUGGCAGAAGCUAAAAUCGUUAGUAUUUGAUGACUGCAGGAAAGAGGAAGAAUGGAAGGUAAUUCUUUUAGAUGAUUACACUACUAAAUUACUGUCGCUGUGCUGCAGAAUGACUGAUCUACUGGCAGAGGGUAUCACAGUGGUGGAGAAUGUAUAUAAAAACCGUGAGCCUGUCCCACACAUGAAAGCUAUCUAUUUCAUAACUCCCACCAAAAAGUCUAUAGAUGGACUUAUUGAUGACUUCAUCACUAAAUCAUCCAGGAGGUACAAAGCAGCAUAUGUGUAUUUCACUGAUGUGUGUCCUGACAACCUCUUCAAUAAGAUUAAGUCUUCCUGUGCCAAAUCAAUAAGAAAAUGCAAAGAGAUUAACAUUUCCUUCUUCCCCUAUGAAUCUCAGGUAUUUACUCUCAAUGUCCCAGAUGCAUUCUACCGCUGUUACAGUCCAACUCUGGAAAAGACGAAGGAGAAAGAUACUGUAAUGCAAGUAAUGGCUGAACAAAUUGUUACCUUAUGUGCAACACUUGAUGAGAAUCCAGGUGUGAGAUAUAAAAGUGGACCAUCUGAUAAAGCCAGCAAACUUGCACACCUUGUUGAAGAAAAUCUUGAAAACUACUACAAAACUGAUGAGAGAAGCCAAAUAAAGGGUAAAACCCACUCCCAACUAAUAAUAAUCGAUCGCAGCUUUGACCCAGUUUCAACUGUACUUCAUGAACUCACUUUCCAGGCAAUGGCAUAUGAUCUGCUACCAAUUGAAAAGGAUACUUACAAAUACAAAACAGAAGGACCUGCUGGGAAGGAACGGGAGGCGAUUCUGGAGGAAGAUGAUGAGCUCUGGGUGAAGAUUCGACACAAGCAUAUUGCAGAUGUGAUAGAAGAAAUACCAAAACUUUUGAAAGAGGUAGCAUCUAAGAAAAAAGCAACAGAAGGAAAAUUAUCCAUAUCUGCUCUGACCCAGUUAAUGAAAAAGAUGCCACACUAUCGUAAGGAGAUUAGUAGGCAAGUUGUCCAUCUUAACAUAGCAGAAGAUUGCAUGAGCAAGUUCAAGCCUAAUGUAGAAAGGCUCUGUAAAAUUGAACAGGACUUGGCUCUUGGAACUGAUGCAGAAGGUCAAAAAGUGAAAGACUUGAUCAAGGUCCUCUUACCGGUUCUGAUCAGCAAAAAUUAUGAGAGCUAUGACAAAAUCAGAGCUAUUCUACUGUACAUCUUUAGCACAAAUGGAACUACUCAGGAGAACUUGGACAAGAUGAUCCAGAAUGUACGAAUAGAAAGUGAUAGUGAUAUGAUAAGAAAUUGGGAAUACCUUGAUGUUCCUGUUAUCUCUUCAUCUGCUGUACAGCAGCAGAAAUACCCAAGAAGAGAUCGUUCUUCAGAAGAAACUUUUCAGCUUUCCAGGUGGACACCUAUUAUCAAGGAUGUUAUGGAGGAUGCUAUAGAAAACAAACUAGAUUCAAAAGACUGGCCUUAUUGUUCCAAAUGCCCUCCUACCUGGAAUGGUUCAGGAAUAGUAAGUGCACGCCAGAAACCCAAAGGUAGUUACAGACAUGAGCGGAAGAGUAGUGCAAGACUGAUUAUAUUUGUGAUUGGAGGGAUUACUUAUUCUGAGAUGCGCAGUGCUUAUGAAGUUUCUCAAGCCUACAGGUCCUGUGAAGUUGUUAUUGGUUCUACUCAUAUUUUGACACCUAAAAUGCUACUGGAUCAAGUGAAGAGCCUUAGUAAACCGAAGGAUGUGGUCUGCAUUAAAGAUGAAUAGAAAUUGUGAUGAUAGAUUAGGAAAAGACAAACAGGAUGUAUAUAUUCUUCUGGAACUGACUUUACUAAGUACUGUACCAGGACACUACAUGGUUCUGACUAAUGGAAUGUCACUUUAUAAUUUAAAUUUGCUGCUUUUGUGGGGAGGAGAAGGGAGGUGAGGGGGGUGGGAAAUCAACACGUGUGUAUGUAGUAUAGACAGCAUUACAAUGUAAAUGUAUCUUCAUUCCUUACAAGUUAUGCUAAAAGUUGUCAUGGUUAUAUAUAAAUGGAAAUUGUUUUUGAGAACUAUGAAACCUUUCUAUAACAGUUUAUUUCUAAAAAUAAUUUAAAAGGGUCUAGGCUUCAGAAGAAAAUUUGUAUAUAUGAGUUUAUGGUAAAAAAUAUUUCACACAAGUGCAAUGUCUCAAACAGUAAUAUUUUCUGUAAAAUGACUCACUGGAGAAUCUAUAUAUAUAUAUAUAUGUAACUGAAAAUCAAAAGGGGUUUUAGAUGGUGGUGGGGUAAGGUAGGAGAUUCAUCAUGGAAGUCUAGCAAUUCUAAUAUCAAUAAAUAACUUUGAAGAAA